AUGCAAGGAUUAUUAACCCCGGAUUCACCAGUUGUUAUCGAUCCUGGAACAUACCGAUGGCGAGUUGGAUUGGCCAACUCAGCAAAACCAAAGUCAUCCUUUAUGACGGAAAUUUCUAUGCUAGAUGGUACUGCCGUGGAAGACAAUGGAAAAGUCAAGUGCUUCGAGAGCACCGAAAUCUCACUGGCGUAUUUUGAGCGCUACAUUCACCAUGGACUCAGGAUGCUGAACUGCGAUCCACACGGCGUAAGUCUGUGCGUCGCAGUUCCCCUCGCCUUUAGUCUAGCCUACAGGAGGCAGGUUGUUGAGGUCAUUCUUGAAAGCGUCGGAGCCAAAUCCGUCUUCCUGGCCUCUCAACCCCUCCUUUCUGGAUUCUCAUCUGGACAUCCAACAGGUUUGAUUAUCGAUUCUGGUUACACAUAUACAAGUAUCUACGGUAUGUACAACCUGUACCCUGAACGAACCACUGAACUGAUCUAUUCGGUUGGUGGGCGCGACAUUGACGAAUACCUCAAACAAUCCGGUGGAAGCAACCUCGCUGACUGCUCUGCAUCUGACAUCAACUACAUAAAAUCGCAUUUCUGCACCGUUUCUCCGAAGCCUCAGCAAGAGCAAACCAAGACGCAGCCACACCAGAUGCCUGAUGGAAGGAGUUUGAACCUUGGCAAUGAAGUAUUACUGGCUCCUGAGUUGCUUUUCAACCCUGGUUUGAACGGUAGCAGUAAAUCGCCAUCGAUAAACGAAGCGAUUCUCCAGGCGGUCAGUGGUUUGCCCCAAGAAAAAGUAACCACGCUUCUCAAAACGGUGAUCUACUCCGGAGGCAAUCUAAAGUUCAAUGGUUUAGGUAAACGGUUACAGGACACGCUAUCUGAGAAACUUGGGUCAAUCGACAUCGGUGUAGAGGGCCAUUGUGCAGCCGAACUUGGGGUUUGGAGAGGAGGGGCCAUUUUUGCUUCUAUGCCAACCUAUCCGUCAAUGGCCAUCUCAAAGGAACGAUGGAAGGAGCAUGGCGAACUUAUUGUGCGAAGAAAGUGGUUGUGA